AUGGUGACGGAUGAGACUUAUUUGGAUCUCCUCCGCUAUAGUCAGAACUUGGAACCUGCGGUUUCAGUCUUUGAAGAUGAUACUGUCUUCAAGCAGAGCCUCGAUGCCCAACUCGUCGCCCAGAUGAAAUUUACGAGGGAAGACGUCGAGAGACAGAUAGAGGAUGCGAAUACAGCGUACAUAAACUGGCUACAGGGACGACGGAACGGCUCGAGACGAUUUGGGACCGCGUUCCAGGCAUUUGUGACCCGGUUCUCCAACUUUCUGACAGCGUACUCAGGCAUCGUGGAUGUGGUCAAAAAUGCAAGCUCUCCAUAUGGAAAUUUGGCAUAUGGAACGCUCUCGCUCCUCUUGAUUGUUGUGGUCAACAAGACUGGAAACGACGAAAAGAUUGCAAAGGCAUUGGCUGAGCUGCAAAACUCAUUCCCGCGACUGAACCUCCUGUCCGACAUCUACCCAGAGGCGCAGAUGGAGAGGUUGGUGGCCGAAGCAUACAGGGAUGUGAUUGUCUUUGCCAGAAAUGCCGUGCUUUACUACAUGAGUACCUCCCUGAGAAUGCUCGCAGCUGGAGUUCCACAGCAAGAGCUUGACUUCAUCAAGUCAAUUGAAACUCUUCGCCACAAGCUCGUGGAAGUCAAUCUCGAAAGUACCGUUCUCCUCCACAGCAGGGCUAAAUAUAUUGAAAUGCAGAACGAAGAAUUGCUGAGGGGAAAUGAGAAACUGCACCAAAAAAUGAAAUCCCUAGAAGAUCUCAACAUCGAGUUACGAUCAGAGAUCGACCGAAUGAGCAGAACCCUCCGGGAGGAACAGGUGCAACGAGACCAGAAGGAAUUGGUCAACUUUCGCGAGCUGGUCGGUGUGCCGGAGUCAUGCGAUCACACAAACAUACAGUCCUGCAAGCGCAACCUUGGAGGAGCAUUCCCUGCGCUGGUGGGUGGAAAACCCGGUAAAAUUGCUCGCUGGUAUUCGCAAAUGACCCUAGAUGUUCUGGAUAACGAAGAAUCUUACCAUGUUUGGCUGGACUGCACCCACUCCUGCCUUUUACUUUUGGGCGGCACCAGCCUCAUGGAGGGUCGAACUAAUAUAAGCACAUGCUCAUGGCUGUCGCCUGCCGCCAUAUAUGUCGCCGAACGCCAGCUUGCCGACAACAGACACGUGGCAUUCCAUUGCUGCCACCCACAGAUUCUCUCCAAGAAAUGCGGUGUCCAGGAAGCCAUCUUGAGCCUUGCUUGCCAGGUCGCAGCGUGGAAGCCCGACAUUUUGCGACAAAACCCGAAUUUCCUGUCUUUGGCAAGGAGGAUCUCCUGGAAGGAUGAUGGUGACGAGGUUAUGAACGCAAUGUUCAAGAUGCUGAGCGAUCUGCUUACCGAACUCCAUUUAGAGGAGCCGGUUUAUAUCAUCUUGGAUCGGGCUGAUCAGUGUGAAUACCGAUCAUUCCUGCUGGUGCAAAAGUUGGUUGAGGUGAUCAAGAAAGCACAGAGCAUGGCAAAGAUAAUGGUUGUGAUGGAUUCGGCGCUCUGGGGCAUCGAUUCUUGGUUAUGCGAUGGCUUCAAGGAAGACUCCGAUGGUUAUAUGGUAGGGAGAUGGGAUUGGAACCAACAACAGCUUGGAUUACAGGAUCUAAGGAGUCUUCCCAACUAG